CGUUAUGCAGCGUAUGGAGCUGCAGGCUGUUACGGUGAAGUAAAGUUUUUCAAAAGCUAGUAAACGUGUGAAUUUAGUUUAAUAAUAUAAAAUAAGUAAAAAUUAAGAUCUAUAGGAUUUUGAAAAACACAAAAAAUGUAUUUACCUUACACACAACUGCCGGAUCCGACAGACAAAUUUGAAAUCUACGAAGAAAUUGCUCAAGGUGUCAACGCAAAGGUAUUUCGAGCAAAGGAGUUGGAGAAUGAUCGGAUGGUAGCUUUAAAAAUUCAACACUAUGAUGAAGAACAUCAAGUAUCAAUCGAAGAAGAAUACCGCACCCUGCGUGAUCAUUGCAACCACCCGAACCUGCCAGAAUUUUAUGGCGUCUAUAAACUUGUAAAGCCAAAUGCGCCUGAUGAAAUAUGGUUUGUCAUGGAGUAUUGCAGUGGUGGCACAGCUGUGGAUAUGGUUAAUAAAUUGGUAAGACUGGAACGUCGCAUGCGAGAAGAGCAUAUCGCUUACAUUAUACGUGAAACAUGUCGUGGAGCUAUUGAGCUAAAUAGAAAUCACGUAAUUCAUAGAGAUAUACGAGGUGAUAAUAUCCUACUUACAAAGGAUGGGCGAGUGAAACUUUGUGAUUUCGGUUUAUCGCGAGAAGUAGAUUCAACAUUCGGUAAGCGGGGCACAUGCAUCGGAUCACCCUGUUGGAUGGCGCCAGAGGUUGUAACUGCGCUGAGUGCAAAGGAACCUGAAGUCACCUCAAGGGCAGAUGUAUGGGCGCUAGGUAUUACAACAAUUGAAUUGGCAGAUGGCCAACCACCUUUUGCUGAUAUGCAUCCCACACGUGUUAUGUUCCAAAUAGUGCGUAACCCUCCGCCUACUUUAUUACGGCCAACGAAUUGGUCUCAACAAAUAAAUGAUUUCGUAUCAGAGUGUUUGGAAAAAAAUGUUGAAAAUAGGCCAAUGAUGGUGGAAAUGAUCGAACAUCCAUUUCUGAAUGAACUGUUCGACAAUGAUGAAGAGAUGCAAGCAGAUAUUCGUGAACUACUCGUUUUCUGUAGAGACGCACCAGCGAUAUACAAAGAACCAGAGAUCUUUGUUGAUAGAGGUUACAUAAAACGCUUCGAUGGAAAACCAGAACGAAUGUAUCCAGAAGACUUGGCUGCUAUCGAGAAUGCUACAGAAGAAAUGAUUUUGGAGUCACUGCGAAAUCGCAUAGAGCUUGGUGGUUCUUAUAGUUUUAUCGGAGACGUUUUAUUAUCACUAAAUUCGAACGAUUUGCAAAAAGAUUUCGAUGAAGAGUUUCACAGUAAAUAUAAAUUUAAGUCGCGCUCACAAAAUUCGCCACACAUUUUUGCUGUGGCGGACAUUGCUUACCAGGAUAUGUUACAUCAUAAGGAGCCGCAACAUAUUGUAUUUUCAGGGGAGAGCUUUUCCGGUAAAUCGACCAAUGUCCGUUUACUUAUAAACCAUUUAUGCUACUUGGGAUCUGGCAAUCGUGGAGCUACUACGCGAGUGGAGAACUCCAUUGACGCAAUUCAAAUGCUGGUUAACGCUGGUACACCCAUUAACAACGAAUCCACAAGAUGUGUAUUACAGUACUUCCUGACCUUCGGUCAAACCGGAAAACUUAGUGGCGCCGUUUUCAACAUGUAUAUGCUGGAGAAGCUUCGAGUUUCUACAACCGAUAUGAAUCAGCACAAUUUUCAUAUCUUCUACUAUUUCUACGAUUUCAUGAACAGUGGAAAUCUGCUAAAGGAAUAUCAUUUAAAGAAUGACCGUGGGUAUCGUUAUCUUCGUAUUCCUGCAGAUAACCAAACCACUAAAUUAAAAUACCAUCGUGAUGACCCCAUUGGAAAUGUUGAAAAUUAUAAACGUUUUGAAUCUAUUUUGCAAGACUUGGACUUUAACCACAAACAGCUGGAAACGUUACGGAAGGUACUUGCAGCUAUCUUAAAUAUUGGCAACAUUCGUUUCCGACAUUCUGGUAAAUAUGCUGAAGUGGAAAAUACCGAAAUGGUUACGCGUAUUGCGGAAUUGUUGCGUGUGGAUGAAAAAAAGUAUAUGUGGUCAUUAACUAACUUCAUUAUGGUGAAAGGUGGAAUAGCAGAACGCCGUCAGUAUAGCACUGAAGAAGCACGCGAUGCCCGGGAUGCUGUUGCAUCGACUAUUUACUGCCGCCUCGUCGACUGGAUUAUCAAUAAGAUUAAUAUGAAUUUGUCAUUUCCUCGUGCAGUUUUUGGCGACACCAAUGCUGUUGUAAUUCACGAUAUGUACGGAUUCGAAUGCUUCCAUAGAAAUGGUCUAGAACAACUGAUGAUAAAUACUUUAAAUGAGCAAAUGCAGUACCAUUAUAAUCAACGUAUUUUCGUGAAUGAAAUGCUUGAAAUGGAAGCGGAUGAUAUACCCACUGACAAUUUGAAUUUCUACGAUAAUAAAGUAGCACUUGAUAAUUUACUGACAAAACCAGAUGGACUAUUUUACAUUAUUGAUGAUGCUUCUCGCACCAGUCAAGACCAAGACCUUAUUAUGGAUCGCGUUGUGGAAAAGCACAGCCAAUUUGUUAAAAAACAUACAGCUACCGAAAUUUCCGUUGCUCAUUAUACAGGGCGCAUCAUAUAUGAUACGCGCGCCUUCACAGAUAUCAAUCGUGACUUUGUGCCGCCGGAAAUGAUAGAAUCCUUUCGCUCGUCGAUGGAUGAAAAUAUCAUGAUGAUGUUUACUAACCAACUCACGAAAGCAGGUAACUUAACAAUGCCAUUUGAAAGCGUGCAGCACAAGCCGGAAGACUCACAGAGAAAAUCAUAUCCACUAAAUACUUUAUCAGCCGGGUGUAUUUCGCAAGUGAACAACUUACGAACUUUAGCAGCAAAUUUUCGAUUCACGUGUUUAAAUUUAUUAAAGACUUUGACAGGCAAUAUCAAUCUUGGUGUGCAUUUUGUUCGAUGCAUAAGAGCAGACUUGGAAUACAAACCACGAGCAUUCCACGCUGACAUGGUACAACAACAAAUGAAGGCUCUUGGUGUGUUGGAUACAGUCAUCGGAAGGCAACGCGGCUACUCGUGUCGGAUCACAUUCCAGGAGUUCCUUAGACGCUACCAAUUUUUAGCUUUCGAUUUUGAUGAAACCGUGGAUAUUACUAAGGAAAACUGCCGCCUCUUGCUGAUACGUUUAAAAAUGGAAGGGUGGGCCAUUGGAAAAAUGAAAGUAUUUCUACGUUAUUAUAAUGAUGAAUUUCUGGCCAGACUGUAUGAAGUUCAAGUAAAAAAAGUCAUUAAGGUUCAAUCAAUGAUGAGAGCUUUGCUGGCAAGAAAGCGCAUGAAAGGAGGCAAGGAUCCCAAAAAAGCCAAAGGAAUCACGCGCAAUGAUGAGGCUGCCGUUAAAAUUCAAAAAGCAUUUCGUGGGUAUCAUGAGAGACAACGAUUUCAGCCUUUGGUCAAUGAAAAGACCGGCCAGUUAAAUGAGCAGACGGCGGAUUUUAUACGCGGCUAUGCUAAGAAGUGGCGCGAGAAAUCUCUAUUUCAAGUUUUAUUACACUACCGAGCAGCGCGAUUCCAAGAUUUUGUUAAUUUGGCACAGCAGGUACACAUUUACAAUCAGCGAUUUUUUGCUGGAAUAAAUAAAUGCACACGCAACGUUCCGUUUGAUCGUAUAAAUACACGCGAAGUCAACUCUUCUCAACUUGGGCCAUUGCCAAUACCUACAAAGAAACUACCCUUUCGUUUAGACCAGAUACCUUUUUAUGAUACUCAGUACAUGGUUAACCCGGCUAAUUCAGUUUCAAGGCAAAAUUUUUCAAAUUCUUUGAUCAGUCAUGAUGAUGAAGAGGUUUGGGAUAGUCCGCUGCAGCGAAAUCCAUCAAUGACAUCAUGUCUACUUACAUAUAACGCGCAUAAAAAGGAGCAAGCUUGCCAGACAAACUGGGAUCGAAUAGGAGAAAGUGAUGUAAUCUACAACCAAAACUAUUACCGUGACCCACAGCUAAUAAAAAGGAAUCAAGUGCAAAUGAAUAUGAAUGCAUACAACAAUUAUAGCCAAUACAAUAAUAAUUACAACAACGCAUCUUCACAACUAUGGAGCAACCGAGCGGGUUCGCGGCGAAACUCUUUAAAGGGUUAUUCGGCACCGCCGCCUCCUCCCAUGCCUCCCGCACACAUGGUUUAUCAAAAUGAUCAAAUGCAGUCGCGAAUGGCGCAACAAGCCCAAAAUCACAUGAAUCGCAUGAAUCAGAACUAUCAACAGCGUUCUUCAUUUAUACCUUCCGACCCGGUGCGAGAGUUGAAGGACAUAGUGCGCCGUUCCAAUGAUGAGGAUAGUUCUGAAGAUCCUCCGUUUAAUUUCAAAGCUAUGCUUCGUAAAACUAAUUAUUCUCGCCCUGACUCAACCAUUUAUGAAUUUAAUAACGACAUGCCAAAUAACAACAAUGAAAACAUAAACUUUCAAGCAUCGAAACUACGUCUCACGGGACGACGCUUAGAUGAUUUCGAAAAUUCGUCUUCAAAUAAUAUGCAAACUGACCAAAUAAAAUUUUCCAACCGAGCACCACCAUUAAAACAAACUGCUACCGUGGUUGGUAAAAGUUUCGAAAACACAGAUGCCAAGUCAUUUGAAGAGGCUGGUUCAUACGUUGAGGAGGAAAUUGCACCGGGGGUUACAUUAUCUGGAUACGCUGUUGAUAUUUAAUAUUGUACUUUAAUUGUCAUUGCUAGUUUUUUAAUAAUUAAGGGUAAUUUUCUUCAAUGUUGUGGUAGCCGCAAACGUUUUCGCCAUUUUAAUAAAUUAUUACAUAUCAAUCAAAA